AUGUCACUUGGCGGAAGCACCGGCCAGUGCCCCUCGCGGCAGGUAGUGCCCAACAAAGGGACAAACCAGUCUGCCACCCUGCUCCAGGCCGCCCAGCGGAACGCGUCAGAGCUUUUAGCAGCUCACUGCAACAUCCAGUCUUUACCUGCACAUUACGAGGAACUUAGCCUCCUCUUCAACCAACUAAACUACCACACAGCCCAGCCCAGCCCAGCUCAACCCAGUCCAGCCCAAGCCCGCUCAGCCCAGCCCAGCCCAGCCCAGACCAGCCCAGCCCACCAGAGCAUAGCCCAGCACAGCCCAGCACAGACCAGCCCAGCCCAUCUCAGCACAGCCAAGCCCAGCCCAGCCAAGCCCAGCCCAGCCCAGCUCAACCCAGCGCAGCCCAGCCGAGCCCAGCCCAGCCCAGCACAGCACAGCCCAGCACAGCCCAGCCUAAUCCAGCCCAGCCCAGCCCAGCCCAGUCCAGCCCAGAACAGCCUGGCCCAGCCCAGCCCAGCCCAGCCCAGCACAGCCCAGCCCAGCCCAGCCCAGCCCAGCCCAGAACAGCCCAGCCCAACCCAGCCCAGCCCUGCCCAGCCCAGCCCAGCCCAGCCCAGCCCAGCCCAGCCCAGCCCAGCCCAGCCCAGCCCAGCCCAGCCCAGUCCAGCCCAGCCCAGCCCAGCCCAGCCCAUCCCAGCCCAGCCCAGCCCAAUCCAGCCCAGCCCAGACCAGCCCAGACCAGCCCAGCCCAGUCCAGACCAGCCCAGCCUAGCCCAGCCCAGCCGAGCUUAUCCCAGCCCAGCCCAGCCCAGCCCAGCCCAGCCCAGCCCGGCACAGCCCAGCUCGGCCCAGUCGAGCGGAUCCCAGCCCAGCCCUGCCCAGCCAAGCCCAGCCCAGCCCAGCCCUGCCCAGCCCUGCCCAGCCCAGCCCAGCCCAGCCCAGCCCAGCCCAGCCCAGCCCAGCCCAGCCCAGCACAGUCCAGCCCAUCCCAACCCAGCCCAGGCCAGACCAGCCCAGCCCAGCCCAGCGCAGCCCAUCCCAGCACAGCCCAGCCCAGCCCAGCCGAGCCCAAUUCAGCCCAGCCCAGACCAGCCCAGCCCAGCCCAGCCCAGCACAGCCUAG